AUGAAGCUGCUGCAGACCAUGAAGCAGCUGCAGACCAUGAAGCUGCUGCAGACCAUGAAGCAGCUGCAGACCAUGAAGCUGCUGCAGACCAUGAAGCUGCUGCAGACCAUGAAGCAGCUGCAGACCAUGAAGCAGCUGCAGACCAUGAAGCAGCUGCAGACCAUGAAGCAGCUGCAGACCAUGAAGCAGCUGCAGACCAUGAAGCAGCUGCAGACCAUGAAGCUGCUGCAGACCAUGAAGCAGCUGCAGACCAUGAAGCAGCUGCAGACCAUGAAGCAGCUGCAGACCAUGAAGCAGCUGCAGACCAUGAAGCUGCUGCAGACCAUGAAGCAGCUGCAGACCAUGAAGCAGCUGCAGACCAUGAAGCAGCUGCAGACCAUGAAGCAGCUGCAGACCAUGAAGCAGCUGCAGACCAUGAAGCUGCUGCAGACCAUGAAGCAGCUGCAGACCAUGAAGCAGCUGCAGACCAUGAAGCAGCUGCAGACCAUGAAGCAGCUGCAGACCAUGAAGCUGCUGCAGACCAUGAAGCAGCUGCAGACCAUGAAGCUGCUGCAGACCAUGAAGCAGCUGCAGACCAUGAAGCAGCUGCAGACCAUGAAGCAGCUGCAGACCAUGAAGCAGCUGCAGACCAUGAAGCAGCUGCAGACCAUGAAGCAGCUGCAGACCAUGAAGCAGCUGCAGACCAUGAAGCUGCUGCAGACCAUGAAGCAGCUGCAGACCAUGAAGCAGCUGCAGACCAUGAAGCAGCUGCAGACCAUGAAGCAGCUGCAGACCAUGAAGCUGCUGCAGACCAUGAAGCAGCUGCAGACCAUGAAGCUGCUGCAGACCAUGAAGCUGCUGCAGACCAUGAAGCAGCUGCAGACCAUGAAGCUGCUGCAGACCAUGAAGCAGCUGCAGACCAUGAAGCAGCUGCAGACCAUGAAGCUGCUGCAGACCAUGAAGCAGCUGCAGACCAUGAAGCUGCUGCAGACCAUGAAGCAGCUGCAGACCAUGAAGCAGCUGCAGACCAUGAAGCAGCUGCAGACCAUGAAGCUGCUGCAGACCAUGAAGCUGCUGCAGACCAUGAAGCAGCUGCAGACCAUGAAGCAGCUGCAGACCAUGAAGCAGCUGCAGACCAUGAAGCUGCUGCAGACCAUGAAGCAGCUGCAGACCAUGAAGCUGCUGCAGACCAUGAAGCAGCUGCAGACCAUGAAGCAGCUGCAGACCAUGAAGCAGCUGCAGACCAUGAAGCUGCUGCAGACCAUGAAGCUGCUGCAGACCAUGAAGCAGCUGCAGACCAUGAAGCAGCUGCAGACCAUGAAGCAGCUGCAGACCAUGAAGCAGCUGCAGACCAUGAAGCAGCUGCAGACCAUGAAGCUGCUGCAGACCAUGAAGCAGCUGCAGACCAUGAAGCUGCUGCAGACCAUGAAGCAGCUGCAGACCAUGAAGCUGCUGCAGACUAUGAAGCAGCUGCAGACCAUGAAGCAGCUGCAGACCAUGAAGCAGCUGCAGACCAUGAAGCAGCUGCAGACCAUGAAGCAGCUGCAGACCAUGAAGCAGCUGCAGACCAUGAAGCAGCUGCAGACCAUGAAGCUGCUGCAGACCAUGAAGCAGCUGCAGACCAUGAAGCAGCUGCAGACCAUGAAGCAGCUGCAGACCAUGAAGCAGCUGCAGACCAUGAAGCUGCUGCAGACCAUGAAGCAGCUGCAGACCAUGAAGCAGCUGCAGACCAUGAAGCAGCUGCAGACCAUGAAGCAGCUGCAGACCAUGAAGCUGCUGCAGACCAUGAAGCAGCUGCAGACCAUGAAGCAGCUGCAGACCAUGAAGCAGCUGCAGACCAUGAAGCAGCUGCAGACCAUGAAGCUGCUGCAGACCAUGAAGCAGCUGCAGACCAUGAAGCAGCUGCAGACCAUGAAGCAGCUGCAGACCAUGAAGCAGCUGCAGACCAUGAAGCUGCUGCAGACCAUGAAGCAGCUGCAGACCAUGAAGCUGCUGCAGACCAUGAAGCAGCUGCAGACCAUGAAGCAGCUGCAGACCAUGAAGCAGCUGCAGACCAUGAAGCAGCUGCAGACCAUGAAGCAGCUGCAGACCAUGAAGCAGCUGCAGACCAUGAAGCUGCUGCAGACCAUGAAGCAGCUGCAGACCAUGAAGCAGCUGCAGACCAUGAAGCAGCUGCAGACCAUGAAGCAGCUGCAGACCAUGAAGCUGCUGCAGACCAUGAAGCAGCUGCAGACCAUGAAGCUGCUGCAGACCAUGAAGCAGCUGCAGACCAUGAAGCAGCUGCAGACCAUGAAGCAGCUGCAGACCAUGAAGCAGCUGCAGACCAUGAAGCAGCUGCAGACCAUGAAGCAGCUGCAGACCAUGAAGCAGCUGCAGACCAUGAAGCAGCUGCAGACCAUGAAGCAGCUGCAGACCAUGAAGCAGCUGCAGACCAUGAAGCAGCUGCAGACCAUGAAGCAGCUGCAGACCAUGAAGCAGCUGCAGACCAUGAAGCAGCUGGAGACCAUGAAGCAGCUGCAGACCAUGAAGCAGCUGCAGACCAUGAAGCAGCUGCAGACCAUGAAGCAGCUGCAGACCAUGAAGCUGCUGCAGACCAUGAAGCUGCUGCAGACCAUGAAGCAGCUGCAGACCAUGAAGCAGCUGCAGACCAUGAAGCAGCUGCAGACCAUGAAGCUGCUGCAGACCAUGAAGCAGCUGCGAGACCGAGGCACAUUUCCUCCAGGACAUAAAAAACUAAUCCUGAAUCUUGACAAUAAUAUAAAUAAUUGA